AUGGUGUGGCUAUCUACCAGAAACAGCGCGUCUCGCGCAAGACAACUGCCAACUUCCGUUGGUUUCGAAGGGAUCCGAGGAGGGGAAGACCGUGGAGAUAAAUUCCUAAUGCGGCAUGAUAUAAUAAAGCACAGCGCAAACAGUGUUCAAACUCUGGAGAGGCAUGGGGGUAAAUGUUCAAUCACCGACGAGGGCGACCUCGUCGAGGUCGUGCACAUUUAUCCUCAUACCCUCAACAAGUGGUCGAAGGACGACUUGGAGCGGCGGCGGUUGAGUUUGUUUUGGGCUCCCAAGAAGGCAUCAUUGUCGCCGGAAAAUGAUGGGAGCUAUGCGCGGAGUCUGUUCUGCGAUGAACACGAGGAAAAGGUCGUAUUAGAAACAAACUAUCACUUACUCCUCGACAGACGAGGCCGGGCCAACAGUCAGACUGAGCUGAGUGAUGGCUCUCCCGCAUGA